AUGGUUUGAAAUGCCGGCGGGAAAUCUGAGUUUCGCGGGAGGACCUUGGCGCGUAAACCGUAUCCCUUCAUUCAUUGUCAGCAGCAGCUUCCUGGAGCCAUUUUUCAGCUGCCGGCCGCAGCAGCCGGGCUGCCGCCGCCGCCUCGCAAUCCGUUGCAUCGGCCGCCCCCGACGCCUCCAUCCUCCCUCGGGGCCCGAUAUCCGUGCGGCCGGGACCCUCUUCUCUCCAGAGCCCCGAUUAUUUUUGGCCCCGGGGGCCCGUGCGGUGCCGAAAAAAUAAAAAAAGAAAAGAGAGAGAAGGGGCUCGGAAGCGCCGGGCGGGGAGAAGGAGGAGAGACUUGGAAACUCCGACUGCAAAUAAUAAAAGAAAUUUGAAAAAAUACAUUAAUAUAAUCUUAGCAAUAAAAAAAAAAGAGCAGGAGCGAGAGAUGAAAAAGGGGAUCCAGCCCGCCCUGGAGCAGUACCUGGUGACCGCCGGGGGUGGGGAGGGGGCGACUGUCGUCGCCGCCGCCGCCGCCGCUGCAGCCUCCAUGGACAAAAGGGCACUGCUAGCCAGCCCCGGCUUCCCCGCCGCCGCCGCCGCUGCAGCCGCUGCCGCCGCCGCCGCCCCGGGCGCGUACAUCCAGAUCCUCACCACGAACACGUCCACCACCUCCUGUUCCUCCUCCCUCCAAAGCGGCGCCGUCGCCGCCGGCCCUGUCCUUCCCUGUGCCCCCGGCGCGGAGCUGACGGCCGGCAGCCUCCUCUACACCACGCCGCACGGACCCUCCGGCAGAGCCGGGCUGCUGCAGCAGCCACCAGCGCUGGGACGCGGCAGCAGCGGCGGCGGCGGCCCUCCGGCCAAGCGAAGGCUGGAGCUAGGAGAAAGCGGUCAUCAGUACCUCUCGGAUGGUUUAAAAACCCCAAAGGGCAAAGGGAGAGCUGCACUGCGAAGUCCAGACAGUCCCAAAACUCCAAAAUCUCCCUCAGAAAAAACACGGUAUGAUACAUCACUUGGUCUGCUCACCAAGAAGUUCAUUCAGCUACUGAGCCAGUCACCUGAUGGGGUCUUGGAUUUGAACAAGGCAGCAGAGGUGCUGAAAGUGCAAAAGAGAAGGAUUUAUGAUAUCACCAAUGUACUGGAAGGCAUCCACCUCAUUAAGAAGAAGUCUAAAAACAACGUGCAAUGGAUGGGCUGCAGUCUGUCUGAGGAUGGGGGCAUGCUGGCCCAGUGUCAAGGCCUGUCAAAGGAAGUGACCGAGCUCAGUCAGGAAGAGAAGAAAUUAGAUGAACUGAUCCAAAGCUGCACCCUGGACCUCAAACUGUUAACCGAGGAUUCAGAGAAUCAAAGGUUAGCUUAUGCUACAUAUCAAGAUAUUCGAAAAAUUAGUGGCCUUAAAGACCAAACUGUUAUAGUUGUGAAAGCCCCUCCAGAAACAAGACUUGAAGUGCCUGACCCAAUAGAGAGCCUGCAAAUACACUUGGCAAGUACUCAAGGGCCCAUUGAGGUUUACUUGUGUCCAGAAGAGACUGAAACACACAGUCCAAUGAAAACAAACAACCAAGACCACAAUGGGAAUAUCUCCAAACCCACUUCCAAAGACUUGGCUUCAACCAACUCAGGACAUAGUGAUUGCUCAGUUUCUAUGGCAAACCUUUCUCCUCUGGCCUCCCCAGCCAACCUCUUACAGCAGACUGAGGACCAAAUUCCUUCCAACCUUGAAGGACCAUUUGUGAACUUACUGCCUCCCCUGCUCCAAGAAGACUAUCUCCUAAGCCUCGGGGAGGAAGAGGGCAUCAGCGAUCUCUUUGAUGCUUACGAUCUGGAAAAGCUCCCGCUGGUGGAAGACUUCAUGUGUAGUUGAUUAUGCUUUGUGAACUCCUUACAAACCGAUAUUUUUUUAUUAUGGAACCAGAACAUCUGUCAUGCAGUGUUGUCCCUUCCUACCUUCUUCCUCCGAGAUAGUAUCAUGAAGUAAACGACAAACUUCAGAACAAAGCUGACAUUUUAACGAAUUUUUUAUAUAUCUAUAUAGAAAUUGUCUAAACGCACAGUUGCAGGCUCCCUUGGGAAAACCCUGCUUUGCCCCAGGCUCCAAAAUCUCCUGGAUGAGUCAGCAAGUGAGAAAAUGUGCAAUCAGGUGUCUCUCGCCCAUACUUUUCCUCCUCCCUCCCUCCCGGAUUGGCUUGCUGUGCCUGACGGAUGGGCUGUAGGACGGGGUCUGGCCACCUGGGCCACUGGAAUACAGCAAUCUUCCUUAAUAGCAUUUCAAGCCGUGCCUUCUCUGCAGAAUGCAUGUCUUUGGGGUCUGCUAAUAUGGAAUGGAACUGCAGGAACUGUAAACUUGAAGUCAUGCAAAAGUAUGAAACGGAUGUCUUCAGCUCUUCUUAGGAAUAUUUAAAUUACUGUCAUAAUUCAGUGUAAGCUAUGGGCCAUGGGUCCAACGUGGAGGUCAAGAGAACCUCCACAGCCUUGCGGAUGAAGAACCUGUUUUCGAAUACUUGUUGCAGAUACAGAAGAAUAGUUGAGAUCUGCCACUGUAAGCUGUUGUGGAUUUUCCUGUCUCCAUUAACCACUCCCACUCUCCUGCCCCCAACAUGUUUGUGAGUUUAAAGUUGAUUUGUAGCAAUUGCCUACUGAGGAGUUCUUUGUGGAUUGUUUUAGACUUUUUAUUUUUUAUUUUUACUUUUUAGCUGCCAUUUAAGCAUUCCUGUGGCACCCAUCACCAUUACAGUUUGUAACUGUUUACUUUGAAGCGGUUUUUGCGAAUUCGAAUUAUUUAAGCAGAGAUAGAGAACCUCUCUGAUCAGAGCAUCGAAAUGAGUGUGACCUAAGGUCUAACAGCCUCUGCGGGAGCACUGGCCCCUUGGAAAGGAGAACCAGGUCAGAUGACAUAGCAGCCCCAAGGAGCAGCAGGUGUGGGUCCCUCUGUCCUUGGGCUCCCCGUGGCCCCGUGACCGGGGAAAGGGCUCUCUUACCACUGCACUCAGGGAGGCCACUUCUCAGGAUGCGGUCAGAUGGAGAGGCUCCCAGGGACACAGACAACCCUUUGUGUGAGUGGCAUUCUGCCGGCGGCAUUGGCUCCGGUCGGUGAGACCAGGGAGCUCCCACUGUGCGGGGUGGGGUUGCAAUACCCCUGGCCACAACCCGUCCGUCCCCCUUCCUCGAUGAAGGAGUAAGUUGGACCAAGGGAAGUGUAGGUGUAGAAAAUAAAGCGAUAGAAUGCCGGGGUGUUUGCCCACUCGACUCUUCAGGAAUGGUGUCCCGGGUUGGAAGCUUUGUGUCAGCUGCAAAUCUUACCAGUUAUGUCCAAGAGCGGCUUUCCCAUUGGCCCCGGGGAGGUGGCCAUUUCCCACCGGGAAUGGGACUUAGUACCUCAUACCCAUUCCUUGGAUGCUAAAGACUGUGGGGAUGAGGGAGUCUUAUUUUAAAAACAAACAAAAAACAACCUCAGCAGGAACAGAGAAACUGAAGUGCCGUGUGUCUGGCCCACUGGUAGGCACAUAGUAGGCACUCUAUUCACGUGUGUAAUCGAACUGAAAAUAUCCCUUAGGAAAAACACAAAACGGUCAACCACCAACACCCCAGCCAGUUUAUUCUAGGUAGAUUUCCACAAUAUGCAAAGUGGUGGUGGGGGUCAAAACCAUGACACCAGCACUUUAAACGAUUUGUGUAGGUAUGCGUGGACGUGUGUUUGGGAAGAAAAACAAAAGGUGCAGAUUACCCUCCUUUUUCUUCAGCCUCCAUCCCCAGCCUCCUCCCCUCACACACUGGACUUGGUACAAAUAUGUGGUCCGAGAUGAAGCUUUGGGAUAGGGGAGGGGAGGGGAGCUUUGUGUCAAGUGCCUACUGGAAAUGCACUGUGGGGUGUUUUCCUGUAUAGGAAACCAUUUAUGCCAAGCUUUUCCCCCGUUUCCCAUAUUUAUCUCAUCUGGUUAGCUGCCUCUGCUUCCAGCUUUGUGUAAUUCUCUGCCAGCUGCACAAAGCUCAUUUUUUUCCCAAAGUCUAACGACUGAGCUCACCUGGCUAGGUUGUUAUGUGUUUUGUUGAAUUUCUCCUUAAACUUUUCGUAAUGUAAUGCCGUAUUUAUUGUUUUAGAAUGAAAGGAAUACUAAUAAGUCUUAAAAGUUCCUUCGUGCAUAAGAUUUCUCCAGUUAAUGGGCUUAACUGGGGUACAUUAAUGAAAUGUCCAUACUUCGUUCUGUUUGCAUUCGUCUUUUUUUUUUUUUUAAACAUAGUAUCCGGCACACAAAGUGGGUUAAUUCUCCAGUAUUUGUGUUACUUUAAGUCAGAGUAUGCCGGUUUCCUGGUACCAUUGAGUUGCUGCUAUUAAAGCUCACACAUGAAAUGGCUAAAAGUUACAAGUGUGCGAAUUAUGACUGCGUGAGCCUUAGAAAAUAAACUGUAUAAAGGGCAACACAUGAGCUGUCAAACAGUGUUAAGGUGUGUGUUUAUAUGUACAGACUUGUGCAUAGCAAUUGUUUUAUUUAAGUUGAUAUGUAGUCUACUCACAUUUUCAUUAUCUAGCAAUUUUGUACAAAGAUAGCAAUUAAUUUGUAAACACUGCCAGAAUGUUUUCUAGCUGGUUUGUAAUUUUUUAAGAGUGUUAUAUUUUGUUGUUUUUUGUUGUGGUUCUUGUUUUCAUUUUUGUUUCAAGUGUAGAUCUGUAAAUAGAAUUGCAGUAUUUAAAGCUUUAGCUGUCAGGAAAAAAGAAGAAAGAACUCGGCGUGUGCAUGGCAACUCGUGUGUGUGAGAGGUCUGAGGGAAGAUGCCUUGUAGAGUCAGUCAGGUGGCAAUGGUCAGAGUGUGGGAAUUUCUUUUCCUGUGGGGUACGUGAUUUUGUCAAAGGGAAAUAUUUCUCCCAAGAUUGGGAGAAGGCAAACUACUAAUCAAUUUAGCUUUGUGUUGUAUGCUAGUUUAAAAAAAAAGAAAAUGUGUAAUAUAAUGAAAAAAAAAAAAAAAAAAAAAAAAAAAAAGCUUUUAUGAUGGAUUUUGUAAAUAGAUUUGUUACAGGGUAACCUGUUCUCUAGCUGUGAUCUUACCACUUCAAAUGGGUGUAAUUUGAAUAAAUUUUGUAUGGUAACGGAUCAAUAAAAUGAUUUUUUUUUUUUUUUAAGAGUU